UCUCGGCAAAAUGUCACUUGCCUAGUACAGUAAAUACUCCCUAGUUAUUUAACUAUUCUUAACCAUUUUCAAUUUUUUACUUAAACAAAAUGAGUGACUUUCAGUUCGAAUUCAUAAAUCCCACAGUGGAAGCCGCAGAAAACGACGUUUCCGUGAAAAAGGAACCUCUAAUUAAAUGUGAACUCGAAGAGCUAAAUGAUCAAAUGAAAUGCGGCGAAAUAUUUGCAGUUUUCAGUGGAAAUUUCGUGUUGAUCUGCGGAUUUUGCCAAGGAAAAUUCGAAAAUAUGCUAGACUUUGGAGCACACAUCAAACAAAAGCACGAGGAGGACAUGCAAGUAAUAGAUGAAUAUCUGAAAUCAAAACUAGAAGUUAACACAAGUGUGGGAAAGAUUGAAGUUGAUGUCAUCUCUGAUGAGCGGGAAGAGUCCUUACACUCUUUUGGAGAUGGCUUAGAGCCUAAAUCUGAUGUCGAGUCAGACGGAGAAGGGACCAGAAGUAAUACAAACGAAGCGGGUGAACAGGAAAAGUAUACUUGUGACGCCUGCGGUGAGUCUUACAGUUCAAAGGCCGACCUGCAAACCCAUCACAAAGUUGAAUGCAAACGGAACUCGCCAGAAAUCGCCGACAAUGCUAACGAAACACAGCUUAAAAUCACUAGUCAUACAAAACGACAAAGGAAGCGGAAGCAUAAAGAUUUAGCAACGCAGGAUGAGCAACCCAUUGAUGGCAAGGAUGAAAUGCAAGACGAACAAUCAUCAGCAGAAGAUCAUACCGUCCACAAGGAGAACAAAUCAAAGGCAAACCGUUCGGCGACUAAGAAGCAGUUCCCUUGCGAGUCCUGCGAGCGAGUAUUCAAAUCUAAACAAUCCCUCUCCUAUCAUGUCGGUCGAGAACAUAGCGACACCACACUUGCGCCAGAACCAAAUCCAGACGAUCCCCAAUCACUGCGGUGCAAAUAUUGCAAUCAAGAGUUCAACACAAAGGAGGAAUGCUCGGAACACGAAAGUACUCAUAGCGGAGAAAAACCUUACAUUUGUUGGUACUGUAACCUGACAUUUAAAACAAGCAGCGGCCGAAAGCGACACAUUCGGAUUCACACGGGCGAACGACCCUUCCAAUGCAAUGAAUGUCCUAAAGGUUUUGACAACAAGGACCAACUCGAAUCUCACAUUCGUAAACACAAAAACCCUCGCAAAUUUACAUGUCAAACGUGUGGCGAGUCGUUCUUUCGGAGGUUCCAGUUGGGCUUACAUGAGCAGCGCCGACAUACUGGUUUUCGUCCGCUGGUUUGUGAGGAUUGCGGCAAGAGUUUUGUAACGAUGGGCGAGCUGACGCAGCAUAGGAUACGGCAUUCGGAUGUGAAAGAUUGGAAGUGUGAGGUAUGCGGGAAAUGCUUUUACUCCAAAUGGGCCUUGAAAGAUCACAUGGCCGGUCACUCGGAUGAGAAGCCGUUCGGCUGUGAAGUAUGCGGUCGAUGGUUCUCCAGACCCAAAGCACUCAAGAAACAUAAGAAACUGCACUCGGAUGUUAAGGCGUAUGUUUGUAAUAUUUGCGGCAAGGCAUAUGCACAGGAUUCGGGACUGUAUGCGCAUAAGAAAACGCAUGGUAUUAGAAAUGAUCAACCACCUACAAGCUUUACCGUGAAUGCACAUUCCGUUUCACUCACAAAAGAGUUGUCAAACCGGACGAAAACAAUUAUCCUAACGUCAUGGAAAGUGAGUUUUGAAACAAAUUCCCUUGCAAAACGGCGCUUAAUUGCAAUGGACUCGAGCAAUUUUGAAUUCGUUAAAACCGACGCGCAAGACGUCAACAUAAAAAAUGAGCCAUUCGAUGAAAUGCUGGCACCUGAAGUGAAAUUAUUCACAGACAGUGGCGACGUUGGCAAGUCGAAAUGUGGCGAGAUUUUCACAUUAAACAGUGGAAAUUUCGUUCUGAUAUGUGCAUUCUGCAAUGCCGAAUUCGAGAAUAUGCGAUCGUUUGGCUCACACGUGCGGGAUAAGCACGAAGGAAGAUGUGCAGAAAUGGUAGCAAUGGACAUAUCGGCAUUGACCCCAACAGCGACAACGACGGCCAUCAAACAUCCGCCGCAAGAGGUCGAGAAAGAUAGCAUUGACAACAUACUCGGUGGCCAUUUCGAUGCUCAGGAUCUCGAAUUACCAACUAAGAAGGAAUCUAGCGAACAAGAGAAUGUAAAAGCGACGGAGGGGGAAGAAGUGGCGCAGACUUUCGAUGAGGACGACAAUAUUGGGGACAACGACGGGGACGAUGAGAGCUUCAAAGUGCCGUCUGAAGCCAGCUGUUCGGAAUUUAGUGAAAUCGAAGAGGACAGUAAAGCAGGAAAAGGGACUGGAUCCUUGAAAUGUGACUCAUGCAAUAGGAAAUAUAAAAACAAAAGGACUUUAUACAGACAUCAGAAAACUACAGGGUGUACGCAGGACGAUAAGCCGGCCGACCCGGAGUUGUUCUGCGUGCCGUGCAACAGGCAGCUCAAGACGAAAAAAACAUUUGCCAGGCAUAAAAAGGCCCACGAGAACCGGAUAAAGAAGGAACUAGACGAGAACUCUGGAGUGGAGGAAGGGAACUCGGCCAAAUCCAAAUCGGACACAGUCCAAGAUCCCUCGUUGUUCUGCGAGUUUUGCAAUCGUUACUUCAAGACGAGGUCAAAUCUUCGAACACACGCCGAAAGACACGACACCAUACCCAUUGCACUGCAAGGCGAUCCUGAGUUCCUGAAGUGCAAAUUCUGUGAUGAACCGUGUCCUGAUUAUGCCGCCCGCAAAACUCAUGAAUCCACCCACUCGGGAGACCAUCCGUACAUAUGUAAGAUAUGCCAGAAGACGUUCGCCACCAUCUAUAAGAAAAACAUCCAUGUCGCCCUUCACACCGGCGAACGGCCACACCAAUGCCCGCAGUGCCCCAAUGCUUACCUUACCAAGCGUGACGUUCUCCGACAUAUCACCUAUCGGCACCUGAACGUGCGGCGAUUCAAGUGCGACCUCUGUGACAAGAGUUGCUACCGCAAAACCGAACUUGCAAUUCACAUGCGUCGCCACACCGGUGAGAAACCGUACGUGUGCGAAGAUUGCGGCAACAGCUUUGCUGCACUCAGUCAACUGAAGAGCCAUCAGUUGCGGCACACACAAACGAAGAACUUCAAAUGCGACCAGUGCGGUCGUUUCUUCUAUUCGAGUACGAGUCUCAAGGAUCAUCAGGCAUCACACUCGGACGCCAAACCGUUCGGAUGCGACGUGUGUGGCAGGAGGUUCCCACGGGCGAAGGCGUUGAAAAAGCACAAGAAGCUGCAUUCGGACGUGAAGGCGUAUGUUUGCAAUAUUUGCGGGAAGGCAUACGCACAAGACUCGGGAUUAUAUGCUCAUAAAAAAUCACAUGGUCUGUUCUCAAAUCCUCAAGGAACGCAGUUUACAGUUCCCCUCACGUAAUUUAUUAUUUACGCUAUUAAGUUUGGUGGUUAUCAUAUUCAUAGUUUAUUACGAAAAGGAGCGACAAAAUGUCUACGCUAACUUACUAACAACGGCCACGGGAAAGCCAAUCGUUUAAGUGAAUCGAAUAAGUUGAGCUAAGAGUUAUAAACGAGUAAGCAUAGCCUAUUUUCGAAUUCUAAAUUUUUAUGGUUGUUUAAGGAUUUUCGUUUUUACUAUCGCGUGUACAGCAAUAAAGAUUUACUUUUUUGAAAGUAGUUUUAUUUCAUGGAUUUGAAAAUAUAAUUAGUGCAAUUUAUAUUAGACUUUAAGAAAUACAUCAUAUAGUGAUAUGAGAGAGUUAAAUUUUAUAUUACUUAAUUUUUGCAGACAGAAAACUGCCACAUUUUAUGUUAAGAAGAAUAAAACUAUA